UUCGACAUUCCAUGCUCCAACUCCCUACUACCAGUAUUACCCUUCUCUCUCUCUCCCUCUUUCUCUGUUGGGUCACUCACAUUAUUAAAAAUAACCACCCUCACACUUCCCAACGCUUCCUUAACCAUGAGCCACGCCGGCCUCUGGCUUCCGCCGCAGUUCCUCGCCGGAGACCCUGACACAACCCUUUCGAACUCCGAUUUCAGCUUCCCUUCCGAGUUCCCCUACGAGUUCGGAUUGUCUUCUCCGGAGAGCAGCGACGACGGCGAAGAGGACUUCUUCGCCGGCCUCAGUCGCCGACUCGGUCAGACCUCGCUUCACGAAACUCGCAAGCAACUCUCAUCCACUGUUUCGGAGAUUCCAAGGAAAACUCAGGGUUUGGUCGGUUCCCCUCAGUCCACGCUCGCCGGAAUAGGAAGCUGGUCCGGUCGGAGCGCCGUUUCCGGCGACGGAAGCCCCAACGGGUACUCGCGUGUCCCUUCGCCCUCGACGACGCCGUUUGACGAAAACAACGACCCCUGGGAAGUGAUUUACGCAGCCGCAGUUCAAAUCGCAAGGAUGAAGAUGAACAACAACAACCAAGUUCCAGCACAGUAUGAUUUUCACAAUAAUAGAAGGUUACUCACUCAUCAUUGCCCUAACCGGAGUUUCAAUCAGGUCGUGAGAGCGAAGCAACAGUGUGGUUCGGAUUGGGGAAGGCCAACCAAGCCUAAUAACUAUUUGGUUCAGCAGCAACAGGUUAAGGUUCAGAGUAGAGCGCGUGAGUUUGGGCACGAGAGUGUGAAUGCGAAAUGCACUCGUCCAUCUGCGUGGCCCCCUUCGCAAGUUCAGCAGCAAAACAACCGGGUACAGUUUGGCGGAUCCGGGUCUAGGGUUGGUGGAUCUUCUGUGAAAAGGGGGUGUGGUGGAACUGGGGUGUUCUUGCCUCGCCAUUAUGAAACCCCUUCUGAGCCACGUCGCCAGAAAACUGGUUGUGCGUCUGUUUUGUUACCAGCAAAGGUGGUUCAUGCUUUGAACUUGAAUAUUGAUGACUUGAAUGGGACUACCCAACCGCGUUUCUCGAAUGCUUUUGCUACGGAUUAUGAAGCGAUUUUAGCGAGGAGAAACGCGCUUCUCAUGCAGGAGCAGCAGCAGCAGCAGCAGCAGCAGAGGUUAAUAAGUGUUCGGCGAGAAGAGGCAGCCAACUAUGAAAUUCGCCUUCCUCAAGAGUGGACUUACUGACAAAAGAAGGCACAAAUUUCUCCUAAAGAAUUUGAAGAAAUUUGGAAUAGUCUAUUUUGGUUGUUUUGACAGAAGAUGAAAUUGAAGAAUGUGUUUGGGCUAGUGUUUAGGUUCAAAUAAAACAUCUAGUUUUUCUAGGGAGAAAAAAAGGUUGCAUUGCAGCUUUUGGGACCUGGUUUUAGUAUAAGGAAAUAGUGAGAGGAUAGUAGUUUUAGGCAAGGCUUCUUUUUCCUUUUUUUACCCUUUUUAUAGUAAUAUUAUAAGUUGUUGUAAGAAGAUAGGAUAAGCGGGUCGUUUUCAUUUGCCUUAUGGUUAUGGUGAUGACACUGAUGGGGCUAAAGCGCAAGGUAUGGUAUGGUUCAACGUUGGCCAAGUUUCAAGUCCAAGUGUUGAAAAUUGGUCGAUUACCCAUGUGUGCCUUUACUGAAAAUCCCUGCUCAUUAUUAUGGUAUAUAGUUUGUAAUAAGUUAUACUUACAAUGUAAUAAAAUUAGCUCUUCUAUCA